AACUGGUCGAGUCACCUCGAUAUCGCAACCACGUCCAGGUGCGGUUAAAAUGCAGUCAACAAACGGUUCGCACGGAGCCAUCAAAGUGCCAAUCCUAGGCAAGGAGAGCAUAAUCGUCGACUAUGGCCUUUGGCGCAAUUAUGUUGUGCGCGAUCUGCUAGCCAACAUUGUCAGCUCAACAUAUGUUCUUAUUUGUGACAGCAAUCUCGCAAAAUUUGAUUACGUUCCAUUCUUCAAACAACAAUUCGAAGCCGAGCGGGAGAGACUCGGAAAAUCUGCACAACAAGCACGCUUGCUGAUUUAUGACCGCAUCCGACCGGGUGAACGUUCGAAAAGUCGAAAGACGAAAAACGAUAUCGAAGAUUGGCUCUUGUUGCGAGGAUGUACCCGCGACACAGUCAUACUAGCGCUGGGAGGUGGUGUCAUUGGAGACCUCAUAGGAUUCGUGGCCGCUACCUACAUGCGCGGAGUACGAUUUUGCCAGAUCCCGACGAGCCUACUCGCAAUGGUCGACAGCAGCAUUGGCGGAAAGACAGCCAUUGACACCCCAUUGGGCAAAAAUCUCAUUGGCAGCUUCUGGCAGCCCGAGCGUAUCUACAUCGACCUCGCCUUCCUUGAGACCCUCAACAAGCGCCAAGUGUGCAAUGGCAUGGCUGAGGUGGUCAAAACCGCUGCUAUCUGGGAUGAGAGUGAAUUCGAGAGAUUAGAAGCCAAUGCUGAGGCGAUUAUGGAAGCUUUGUCUAAGCCCCCUGGAGCGGGUCGAUUCAAGGGCAUCGAGGAUAUCUUCAAGAGAAUUGUGCUCGGAAGUGCUCGUGUCAAGGCGGAAGUGGUCAGCGCAGAUGAAAGAGAAGGUGGGCUAAGGAAUCUAUUAAACUUUGGACAUUCUAUUGGCCACGCAUAUGAGGCACUAUGGACACCGGAAGUUCUCCACGGCGAAUGCGUUGCUGUCGGCAUGGUUAAAGAAGCAGAGUUAGCACGUCACCUCGGAAUGCUCCCACCAGGUGCUGUCGCUCGUCUGACGAAGUGCAUCGCUAGCUAUGGGCUUCCCGUAUCCGUAGACGACAAGCUGAUCACCUCUCUAACAUCCACUCAGUGCCCAGUGGACGAACUGCUUCGCAGAAUGGCGGUAGACAAAAAAAAUGCCGGUUCGACGAAGAAAAUUGUGAUGUUGGCCGCAAUUGGCAGAUGUUACGAGCCCAAGGCGACCGCGAUUGUGGAUAAAUACAUCCGCAUUGUUCUCUGUCCCGCGAUUCAGGUCAAGCCAGGAGUAGCGCCAUCGUUGAGAGCCACAUGCAAACCACCCGGGAGCAAAAGCAUUUCGAAUCGAGUCCUCCUUCUAGCUGCGUUGGGCCAAGGUACUUGCAAGAUCAGCAACUUGCUUCACUCAGAUGACACGCAGUUCAUGCUUUCUGCCCUUGGUCAGCUUGGUGGUGCAUCCUACUCAUGGGAAGAUGAGGGUCGUGUGUUGGUAGUCAAAGGAAACGGUGGAGCCCUGAAAGCUUCCACUACUGAAGUCUACAUCGGCAACGCGGGUACCGCCUCACGAUUUCUCACCACGGCUGUAUCUCUUGCUCAAGCAAGUCCGGCCGCAUCGCAUACCGUCCUCACAGGCAAUGCUCGGAUGCAAGAGCGACCUCAAGGCCCACUUGUUGAUGCUUUGCGGUCCAAUGGCGUAGACAUCGAGUACGUCGGAAAGCCGGGAAGCCAGAGCCUUCCUCUGCGUAUCGCAGCUGCUGGUGGAUUUGAGGGUGGUGUCAUCGAGCUCACCGCCAAGGUGUCCUCCCAAUACGUCUCCUCCAUCCUUAUGUGCGCCCCUUAUGCGAAAAAUCCGGUGACUCUCCGACUCGUUGGCGGCAAGGUCAUCAGCCAGCCGUACAUUGAUAUGACACUUGCCAUGAUGGCUGACUUUGGAGUCACUGUUACCAGGGACGGGUCUGAGCCGAACGUCUAUCAUGUACCAAAGCAGAACUACGCCAACCCUUCGGUGUACGAGGUGGAGAGUGAUGCAAGCAGUGCCACCUAUCCUCUUGCGAUUGCAGCCAUCACCGGAACCACCUGCACUAUCCCGAACAUUGGCUCGGCUUCACUUCAGGGUGAUGCUCGCUUCGCAGUCGAUGUCCUUGAGCCGAUGGGUUGUACUAUCACACAAACCAAGACCAGCACAACAGUGACGGGACCACCAGUGGGAGAGCUUAAGCCGCUCCCACAAAUCGACAUGGAGCCCAUGACGGACGCCUUUCUUACAGCGUCGGUGCUUGCUGCUGUUGCGAAACCCAAUGAAAAAGGUGCCACCACUCGUAUCACUGGUAUUGCUAACCAGAGACAAAAAGAAUGUAAUCGCAUUAAAGCUAUGCAUGAUGAGCUUGCCAAGUUCGGUGUGGUAUGCCGAGAAUUGGAGGAUGGAAUCGAGAUUGACGGCCGCGGCGUGCAACUUGGUGCUGCGAGCAUAGGUAUCGAUUGUUACGACGAUCACCGUGUGGCCAUGAGCUUUGGUGUACUAGGUGUGGUUGCGCCAAAGCAGACAUUGAUCUUGGAACGCGAAUGCACUGGCAAGACUUGGCCUGGCUGGUGGGACCAGAUGCACCAGACUUUUGGUGUUGAUCUCGAGGGUAUCGAGGUGGACAAUGUUCCAGCCUCAGGCAACACUGUCGCAGGCGGCCGACACACUGCAAGAAAUGCAAUUUCAAAUAAAUCAAUCUUCAUUAUCGGCAUGCGCGGAGCUGGUAAGACCACAGCAGGACGAUGGGCUUCGGGUACCCUGGGGUGGCCAUUCAUCGACAUGGACGAUGAGUUAGAAGCAUCAGAGGGCAUGAAAAUCCCGGAAAUGCUGAAGGACAAUGAUUGGGAGGGAUUCAGGAGACGUGAAGUGAACCUCCUCAAACGCUUGAUGAAAGAGAAGCCAACAGGGCAUAUAUUUGCUACUGGAGGCGGCAUCGUGGAAACACCUGAAGCGCGCCAGCUUCUGAAAGACUGGCACAAAGACGGAACAGUGCUACAUAUAAGCCGCGACAUCGAGAGCGUCAUGGAAUUCUUACAGAUUGACAAGACACGACCAGCGUAUGUGGAAGACAUGAUGGGUGUCUACCUCCGCCGACGACCCUGGUUUGAAGAGUGCAGCAAUUUGCAUUUCCAUUCCCAGACUAUCGAUCUGAAUACUGUGCCUUCUGCAUGGACCAAUCCUCUGGAUACCUUCGCUCGAUUCCUCGACACAGCUUUUGGUCGGAGCGAGGUACUGGAGGGUAUCCGAGCAAAACAACAUUCUUUCUUUCUUUCCUUGACAUCACCAACCAUCGAAAAGAUCUUGCCUUUGCUCAAAGAAAUCACUGUUGGCGUAGAUGCCAUCGAGCUCCGUGCUGAUCUUCUUGUGGAUGGGUCAUCGGCGAUUGGCUUGCCCACCCCAGAACACUUAACUCAACAAAUCACUUUGCUUCGCGCUUCAACUUCAUUACCACUUAUCUUCACACUUCGCACUGUUUCACAGGGCGGCCGCUUUCCAGACCAAGAUAAAGAUGGUGCGAAGCAGUUGUACGCUGUCGCACUCAAAAUGGGGUUCGAAUUCAUCGACGUUGAGCUUACUUCGGACACCGAGCUGAAGAAAUUCAUCCUUGAUCGUCGCAGAGCUUCAGCCAUUAUUGCGUCCCAUCACGACCCCAAGGGAGAGCUGUCCUGGCAAGACAGCGGGGCAGAAUGGGUACCGCACUACGAUGCAGCACGCGAGUAUGGCGACAUCGUCAAACUGAUCGGUGUUGCUCGCUCGACCAUUGACAAUGAUGAUCUCAAGAAUUUUAAGAGGUGGGCGGCAGAAGAGCGCUCCGAUGUUCCGGUCAUUGCGAUGAACAUGGGCGAAUUCGGAAAAAUGAGCCGCGUCACGAAUGGCUUCAUGACGCCCGUCUCUCAUCCAUCGCUGCCAUUUACUGCAGCCCCUGGACAAAUCUCGGCGGCCGACAUCAGAAAAGUCCUCAGCUUGGUUGGCGAGAUAUCUCCUAAGACCUUCUGUUUGUUUGGCAAGCCGAUUCAGUCAAGCCGCAGCCCGGCCCUACACAAUGCGCUCUUCCAAGCCACCGGCCUACCGCACUCAUAUAUUUUACGUGAGUCUGACAAUGCGAGUCAAGAAGUUGAUUUCAUUAGGUCACCAAACUUCGGAGGCGCCAGCGUCACCAUCCCGCUAAAGUUGGACUUCAUGGAUCUUAUCGACUCCGUUGAUGAUGCAGCGAAGACCAUCGGGGCGGUGAACACAAUUGUCCCUUCCAGAGGGCUCGGCGGAAAGACCGUCCUCAUCGGAUACAACACUGACUGGCAAGGGAUGGUACUCUCUCUACGCAAUGCUGGCGCUCAAACAACUUUAUCUGGCACUCCAGAGUCCGCUCUCGUUGUUGGCGGUGGUGGAACUGCUCGCGCGGCUCUCUUUGCGCUGAAGUCGAUGGGAUACUCGCCACUAUUUCUAGUCGGCAGGAACCCUUCUAAGCUGACCUCGCUCGGCGCGAGUUUCCCAUCUAAUUACGACAUUCGGAUCCUUUCCAGUGAGGCGGAUGUGAAAGGACUCGUACCAUAUCAGCUUCCUUCGGUGUCCAUUGGAACGAUCCCUGGCGACGCACCAAUUGAUCCUAUCAUGGAGAAAGUCCUUGGGGCAGUGUUUCAUGGUAGCACCAGUCAACAGAGCGAUGCAGUGACAGCGCCCAGAAAGAGAAUCCUGCUGGAAAUGGCCUACAAACCUGCAGUGACGCCUUUGGUGACGCUUGCUGCCAGCGCUGGAUGGGCUAUCGUUCCUGGGCUUGAGGCUCUAGUUGGACAAGGAGUCUAUCAAUUCAAGCUCUGGACUGGGAUAACACCUCUGUACGAAUUCAGCAGACAAGCGGUCAUGGGAAGUAAGGUAUAACCCAGGAGAGAAUAUGAGGAAAGAAGUUCUAGUGCCGGACUCCGAACUCCGAACAUCUACUUUCGAUCAUUGAAAUCGAGUGCUUUCAGCUGAAGGUUCGAAGGCUUUCAUCGGCUGUGACGUGCGACCCUAUUGUAAAAGUUUGGCUAUGUACACAGAUAGAUCAUGUCCAAAUGAUUCAGUCGUUACGUUACAAGGUCAUGUCGGACUUGUCCAGUCCAGCUUCGGAGUCACGGGUCGUUCGGCCAGGAAUUACUUGGUCCGAAAACCCGCUCCUUACUGCAAUUAACACUGUGCAUAUUUGAG